AUGGCAUCUCCUUCGCAAACCAGCACGGACGGGAUGGUGACUCCAGAUCCAGACGCUAUAGAGUCUACCGCCAAGGAAAAGGGGAAAGAAGUCCUGCAUGGCUCUCAAAUAACAGAGAAGGAAAAGACUACAACGAGUAAACUGGAAGACUACCAGGAAGCAGCCCAUGCAGCACACGACGGUGGCAUCACCCCCACGGCCACUACCACCAUCAACAGCGACCCGGCGACAAACCUCAUCAAUGUCCCAGAGCCGCAGUCCCCCUCAGACGUCCCGGCGGUGUCAGACCGGGAAUUGACACGGGCCACAUGGGCGCUCCUCUCGCUAUCCUUUUUUAUUGCCGACGUCUCGGCGGGCCUGGGCCCAUUCUUGGGGGUGUUCCUGCAGGAGCACGGCUGGGGCCCGGGGCUUAUUGGCACCGUGUCGACGACAGGUGGCGUCGUGGCCAUGCUAUUGACGGUGCCAAUGGGAGCACUGAUUGACGCGACGACGUACAAGCGGUCACUGGCCGCGGCGUCUACAUUAAUCUGCAUGGGGGCCAAUGUGCUGAUAUUCCUCUCCCCGUCCGCCAAGGAGCUCGUCUUUGUCGCACAGAUCAUCGUCGCCGGCGCCGGAGUGGCCUUGAUGCCAGUCAUGGUGGCGUUGACGUUGGGAGUGGCGCGCCAGAAGGGGUUUCACACCCUGAACGGCCGCGUACAGGCAGUGAAUCACGCAGGGAACAUGACAGAGGCUGGUCUUGGGGCCAUCCUGGGUUCCAGGUUCGGGAUGCGCGCCGUUUUCUACCUCUCAUGGGCGUUUGGCGUCGUGACGCUGGUGUCCAUCGCCAUCAUCCCGGCCAAAGCCGUGGAUCACCAGGCGGCUAGGGGGUUAGAGAAAACCAACACGCGAAGCGGUGGCCAGGCGGCCACGACCAACCAAGAGGAUCAUCGGCCGCAGCCGUCACAGCCGCAAGAGCAACCCGAAGAGCACGCGGAGGCCUGGAAGAUGCUAGUCCAGUGCAAGGAGCUGCUCGUGCUAGGCGUGGCAUUGCUGGCGUUUCACCUUGGCAACGCCGCAGUGCUGCCACUUUACGGGCAGGCCGUGGUGGCCGCGCACAAGGCGGAGCCGGCAUCCUUCACAGGUGUAACCGUGGUAGUGGCCCAGGGAACCAUGGUGAUCAUGGCUCUGGCGGCAUCGCGGCUCGCAGUCAUCCAUGGAGUCGGGUACUGGCCCAUCAUCCUAGUGUCCUUUUGCUCGCUACCGGUGCGCACCGUACUGGCCGGCACCUUUAUAGAGUCGUGGGGCGUGUGGCCCGUCCAAGUGCUGGAUGGCAUAGGGGCAGGGCUGCAGAGCGUCGCCACCCCAGGGAGCGUUGCCCAGGUGCUAAGUCACUCUGGGAGGGUGAACGUCGGACUGGGCGCUGUGAUGACCUGUCAGGGAGUCGGAGCGUCGCUGUCGCCCGUACUAGCUGGCUGGAUUGCGCAGGAGAAGGGGUACAACAUUGCCCUGUAUGUUAUGGGCAUCUUCCCCAUGGUGUCUAUUGCGCUCUGGAUUGGAUUUAUAAAGAUCCUGAGGAAGCCCAACUUGCCAUCGGGACAAGAGUCAGAGUAA